CUCUUCCCCAAUCUUAGGUAUAUAAAAAUGGGCUGAAUUUCAUGUGUUUUACUUCACUCGUUUUCCUCUGCUUGCAGUCUGACUGGGGUGGGACAUUCAAGCCUAAUCAUGAGCAGGAACUUUUUGUCCAAAAAUGAUGAGCUUCGUAGGGGAGACUCCCUGAGGUCCAACAAUGGAGAGUGGGAGGCUAUUUUCCAGGAUGACUGUAACUUUGUCAUCUAUACUAACGGGACGCCUGUGUGGGCUUCAGACACUUACGGAUUUGAUGGUUUCCGCCUGUGCAUGCAGGGAGACUGCAACCUGGUCAUGUACAACCAGAACGACGAGCCCAGAUGGAACACAAGCACCUACAGGCUUGAGUCCAACAUGUGCCGUUUGCAACUGACCAAUGAUGGCAAACUGGAGCUGUACAGGGAAGCUGAAAAAAUCUGGAGCUCUGAUGACUCCAAAGGCAACAAAUUGUGAAAUGAUGUCAUGACACGAAAAGCUUUUCCGAGUCCUCUUCGCAUCUCAGCAUGAAUUACAGAAAGCUACCUGCUGUGUAAUCAGGAAUAAAAUAAAAGCAAACUUUCACGAUGUAUACAUGUGUCACUGUU